AUGCAUCUUCCGGCCCUCAAUAUUCCAGAUCUGCUGAUUCCGCUGUGGCGUGGCACCCUCGAGUGUCCAGGUGAGGACAAGCGCACUUGGGAGUGGGCAGUUCUCCGAGGUGAUGUCUGGAUCAAUCACGGUGCUACCGUUGCCAGCUGUCGACCCUAUCUACCCACGUCUUUUGGGCGUGCUCCCCGUAAUCCCGCCGAGAAGAUCAGCAGUGGAUACAAGGCUAUCAAAUACAUGAACUAUAUAUACGCCCUUGGUCCAGGCGUAUUCUAUGAUGUUCUGCCUCUUCGUUUCUGGCAGAACUUCUGCAAAUUAGUCUAUGGGGUCCGUAUCAUCUGCCAGCGCAAGAUUACAAGUAAGCAAGUCGAUGAUGCUCAUCAGGCCCUUGUCCACUGGGAAGAUGAGUACGAGCGGCUGUACUACUGCCGCAAGGAGUCCAGAAUCCCACUAGUACGGCCGUCGGCUCACACCAUCACACACCUUCCACAUCAGAUCAUCGAGUACGGCCCCGGAGUUUGCAGUUCUCAAUAUUGCACCGAGAACGCCAUUGGAUUCUUGGGCCGCCAAGUUCGACAACCAUCAAACCCUUUUGCGAACCUCACCCAGGUAACGCUUCGCCGUGUCCGGCUUUCCGCACUUCAAGCAAUGGUGCCUGGACUUGUGUCCAAUGACGCUGGGCUACCACACGGUGCCAUCGACUUAGGUGACAACUACACACUGAUGCGUGCAUGGGACCGCUAUGCACGACAUAUCAAGGGGUCUGAAGCGCGUGCUAUCCAGCUAUUUCUUGCCCGCUACGAGACUCGCGAGCGUCAGUACAUACGGGUCCAUCGCUGGUCAAAGGUACGACUGCCGAAUACACAGGUCGCUCGCUCAGCAUGGAAAGAGCUUGAGCGCUCUAAUCCUAAUGCUCGCGUAUCUCGCAAUGUGAAGGUGCGUGCUCUCAAUGUAUUGUAUUUCAUGAAGCUUGAUGAAUCACUUGACAAGUGUCCCAUUUGCCCACCCUGUGCGAUGGUGCGGAGAUAUAGCGAGCCAGAUGAUACAUUAUGGAGAAUAUCCCACGGCACACUCCUGUCAUGUCUUCCCGGCGGUCCUGAUGAUGUUCUUGUUAUAGACAUUAAAAAAAUCCUCGCUGUAGUUGACAUGGUUCCACACCGUCCUAGGAUCCCGGGGAAAGUUGGCACUGAAGAUCGAUUUUUUGUGGCAGAGAAGCCUGGUCUUGCAAUCGAUGUUCUCUCUGGUCACACGGCUGAAGAUAUUGAUCAAUAG